AUGACAGAAGUGAAAGGAACUCCCAUCAUUAAAGGUUCACGAACAAUGCAAAUAACUGGCUUAUAUAAAGGAAGGGCAAUUAUUAUAAAAGACUCUUACAGUGUUAUAAAUAAGAAGCUUAAACUAUUUCCUGCUAUGUUUAACUUACAAACAGGACCGAAAGAAGUAUUUCCAUACAACUACUACAGCAGUGUUUUGUUAGCAAAUGACAACAGAACUGGUGUCAUUUCUGAAGCAUGUAAGUUUAUCCGGGAUGCAGAUACAUUCAUGAAAAACAUAGAUUCCAUCAAAGGUUGCAGAAUAGAUGAGAACCACUUCGACUUAGAAAAGUAUAGCACAUUUUAUUGCAAACAAGAUGUAAGAAUUUUAAGAGAAGGUUUUGUUAAGUUCCGCAAUGACAUAUUGAAAGAAUUUGAUUUAAACGUUUAUGACUACGUUAGUAUUUGUUCAAUUGCUAACAAAUUGUUUGAGAACAGAGUGUACUUCCCGAAUGGAAAUUUAUAUGACCUCUCAAAUAAACCAAGAGAAUUUAUUUCACGCUGUAUUCAAGGUGGAAGAUGUAUGCUGUCAGAUAACAUUAAACAAAAGAGCGAAAAGAAACUCAUUGCUGAUUUCGACGCUGUUUCAUUAUAUCCAUCAGCUAUAGCAAGACUUUAUACUUUAGAAGGUAUUCCAAAGGUUAUGAAGAAAGAAAUGUUAAGCACAGAGUAUCUCAUGAGACAUUUAUUCGAUGACGACCAAAAGGAACCCAUUGGUGAAAAGUUUAUGUCUGGCUUCUUUGUUCUCAUUAAGAUAACAGAGAUUGGAAUACAUAGACACUUUCCUUUAAUAGUUUGUGACCCUGAACUAAAUCCAGAACUUAAC